GUCAGAACUGUGUUUUUGUAAACUCAUUUUUAAAGCGACAGUAAAGGAUCAGACUUUUUAAAUGUUUGGGAUUCAAGAUACUUUAGGAAGAGGACCAGCUCUGAAAGAGAAAUCGCUGGGCGCGGAGAUGGAUUCGGUCAGGUCUUGGGUCCGGAAUGUCGGCGUGGUGGACGCCAAUGUCGCGGCGCAGAGUGGGGUCGCCCUGUCCCGUGCCCACUUUGAGAAGCAGCCUCCCUCUAACUUGAGGAAAUCCAACUUCUUUCAUUUCGUCCUGGCGCUCUACGACAGGCAGGGGCAGCCGGUGGAGAUCGAGCGUACAGCUUUCGUGGACUUUGUGGAGAACGACAAAGAACAAGGCAACGAGAAGACCAACAACGGCACCCACUACAAGUUACAACUCCUGUACAGCAAUGGUGUCCGCACGGAGCAGGACCUCUAUGUCAGGCUCAUCGACUCAGUCACCAAGCAGCCUAUAGCUUAUGAGGGACAGAAUAAGAAUCCGGAGAUGUGCCGAGUCCUUCUGACACACGAGGUGAUGUGCAGUCGAUGUUGUGAAAAGAAAAGCUGUGGAAAUCGGAAUGAGACUCCUUCGGACCCUGUCAUCAUCGACAGAUUCUUUUUAAAAUUUUUCCUCAAGUGCAAUCAGAAUUGUUUGAAAACAGCAGGAAACCCAAGGGACAUGAGACGGUUUCAGGUGGUGCUGUCGACCACGGUGAACGUGGACGGACACGUGCUGGCCGUCUCCGACAACAUGUUCGUCCACAACAACUCCAAGCACGGCCGGAGGGCGAGGAGGCUCGACCCGUCGGAAGCGACCCCCUGCAUUAAAGCCAUCAGCCCGAGUGAAGGCUGGACCACGGGAGGAGCCAUGGUCAUCAUCAUUGGGGACAACUUCUUCGAUGGCCUCCAGGUGGUGUUUGGCACCAUGCUUGUGUGGAGCGAGCUAAUAACCCCUCAUGCCAUCCGAGUGCAGACUCCUCCUCGGCACAUCCCUGGAGUAGUGGAAGUGACAUUAUCUUAUAAAUCCAAACAGUUCUGCAAAGGAGCCCCGGGAAGGUUCAUUUACACAGCACUAAAUGAACCCACCAUAGAUUAUGGCUUCCAGAGACUGCAGAAAGUCAUCCCCAGGCAUCCUGGAGAUCCUGAGAGAUUAGCUAAGGAAAUGCUGUUGAAAAGAGCUGCAGAUCUAGUGGAGGCCCUCUAUGGCACACCCCACAAUAACCAGGACAUCAUUCUGAAGCGAGCUGCAGACAUUGCUGAAGCUCUCUACAGUGUCCCCAGGAAUCCCAGCCAGAUUCCGGCUCUCUCCAGCUCCCCAGCUCACGGUGGCAUGAUGGGAAUCAAUUCUUACGGCAGCCAGCUCGGGGUCAGCAUCUCAGAGUCCACACAAGGAAAUAACCAAGGAUACAUCCGCAACACAAGCAGCAUCUCCCCGAGGGGAUACUCCUCCAGCUCCACACCUCAGCAGUCGAACUACAGUACCUCCAGUAACAGUAUGAAUGGCUACAGCAAUGUCCCCAUGGCCAACCUGGGCGUCCCAGGAUCUCCAGGAUUUCUGAACGGCUCACCCACAGGCUCCCCGUAUGGAAUCAUGUCCUCGAGUCCCACCGUGGGAUCCUCCAGCACGUCCUCCAUCCUCCCGUUUUCUUCUUCAGUUUUUCCUGCUGUCAAACAGAAGAGUGCCUUUGCCCCUGUCAUCAGGCCUCAAGGCUCCCCGUCACCCGCCUGCUCCAGUGGCAAUGGAAAUGGAUUCAGAGCCAUGACGGGACUUGUGGUGCCCCCGAUGUAAAGAGGAGGAAGAACUGCUUUCUCAUAGCACAAAACUACUUAUUCUGAUGGACCAAUAAUGAGGAAAGCACUCUGAGCUCUUUGGGGAGCAUCGUGUCCCCGUGGACGUGAUGGGCAGACCUCAGAAUGCAAGGAGCCGCCGUCUUGCUUGGUCACGUGUCUCCUGCAGCUCUGACGGUAGCUACACAAACUGACCCUCCUGGGGACAAGGACAAAAGAUGUCAUUGACGUAGUCAGUGCUAAGAGCAGAAAUGCAAUUCUUUGUUAUGAACAUUAUUAGAACCACCUUCCUAUGUUUGUAAAAUAUUUAAGAAAAAAAAAUUGGCAAAACAAUUCAUGCUUAAUAUUUUGGAUACUAUUUGUUUUUCUUUGUAGGAAAAAAAGUUGAAAGUUUCUAUUUUCUAUGAAGCCUUUCAGAUACCAAUUUAGUUUAUGCAGAAAAAAAAAAUUGAACAAAACAGGGUACCAGCAUGGAAGACUUUCUUAAAAUGAAAUCUGAAUUGAAUGAUGAAAUGUAUGUGUGUUUGCUUAUAGUUUAAUCUCUUUAAAAAAAAAAAACAAACAAAAAAGGGAAAAAUUUUAAAAUGUUUUACAAUUAUUUAAAUAAAUAAACGUGUAACUUAUUGUAAGUAGAGGUAGAAAUUAAGACCUUUUUUUUCUGGAAGAGAGAAGAAUUUCUCUUUCUGAUGUAAAAUGAAGAUGAUGCAAACAUGUAGUAACAAGUUUUAAAAGUGUGUGAUUAUUACUACAGUUACUUCCUAGACUCCUACCCCCCAGCCUGCAUCCCCCUCUUUUGCCAUCAUUUUAUUGACCCAUGGACAAGAACAUGUAACUUCCAUAGAUUCCUACAGAGCAACCCACCGCAAAAACCAAGACUCAAGUACAAGCACGUACGCAUCACGUCGUUCCCAGCUCCAUCUGCUUUCUUAAAUGGUCUACGUAUCCCUUUUGCUGUUCACCCUUUGUGAAUAGUUUUUUAAAAUCCAUCUUAGCUUUCAACAGUCUCCCCUGACAAUGGAGAGAAUCCCCCUCUUGGAGCAUCCCCAGGGAAGAAGUGUCACACCUUCAAGAAGAGCCAAAGCUAACCAAGGGCCCUUUGGAAUUCUUCCUUGCCAGAGCCACACACAGGAGGCCUAACUCGGUACAGAGACAAAGCCCCAAAGAAAUUCAGAAACAGAGUCUGGAGACUGUGACUCUUUCUUGGACUCUCAGGAUCAGUCUUAGAAUGGCCAAGUCUGACUCUGUCAACAGAUUUCCUCUUUUAUGUUAUUAAACUCUCUUGAAAAGAAUAUAUAUCCCACUUGAUACUGUUUUCAGACGAGAGUGGGAGGAGAUGUGGAGGAGAAAUGUGAACAUUCCCUCAGGCUCUCUCCUGAUGUUCAAAGCCAUGGAAAUCCGGUUUCUUGGGAGAUUCAGAGAUCAGGGCCACCCGUGUUCUAAGUAGUGGGGUUAUUCAGCCCUCUGUAGUUCCGUGACUAGUCCUUAGGGAGAAAACCUUGCAGUAGCUGCUCACAGUGGUUGGUUCUGGAAAGCCCGGUUGAUCCUGGAGAUAGUCCAGAUGUGCUUGGAUUGCCGACAACGGUAUCAUCUUUUCCCACUUGGGGUUCUCUUUUUGACUCACUGGCACCACAGUAGAGUCUAUACACAGACUUAGUUUGGGGUCCUUGGUUGAGGUUCUAACAUUAGGAAUUGCUGCAGCUAUCAUGGGAAAACAUCCUUAGUACAUCUGAGCCAAGUUUUAGAUGAUCUCUUUUGCCCCACUGAUUCGUGCCCCCCCCAUACCCAACCCCGGACUUUCCUGUUUGCCUUUAGCUCACUCUGGAAUUAUCCAAUAUAACCUAUACUUUUUCUAUGCACAUUGAGAAUCCAAGGUUUUGGAAAUGUGGCAUGCUUAUAACUGCUGCUGACAGGCCCUCGCAGCCAGGGCUUCGAGCACCAAAAUACAUGGAAAUGUAGGCGAAAAAGUUCCCCAGCAAGAAAUUCAAGGGAAGGGGAAGAGAUGGGUGGAAGACAAACAUUACCAUCCCAAAAUGAAGGCAGAACAAAAUUAAGCAUGUUCAGAGCUGGAUUUGAGCCAAUCCAACAUAAGGAAAAUGUUUUUUUAAGUAGCAUUACUUUUAGAACCUGUGAAUCUUGCUUCUGCAUGAAGAUGAGUACAGUACUGUCUUCAAAAUGAUUGUAGAAUUGUUGGUAGCUUUACACCGAGAAAUGUGUAACUAAAUGCCUGACAUCCUUGACCAUUCAGCUAGAACCUUGGCAGCAACAGGUCUAUUUAAUUGUACAAAUGUGUGUAAGGAUUAUUUUUAGUGUACUAAUAAAUUAAAACCAGAGCUACACUGUCCUCCUUAGUCAUUGUUAUUGACUCAUCCGGUCCCAGGUUAUUUUUGUGCCACUUGGAAUACGAGUAUUUCUAUAGGUAACUACAAAAUUCUAUCCGACCUUUGUAAGAGGAGCUGUGUACGAUUUUUCAUUUAAAGGGACAAUUUACUUCAUUAUUUAUCUCAUCUUUUUGUUAGAGCAUCGAAAUUCUUCCCAGUUUUUCUUUGCACAUUGCAAUAUGCAUGGUUUAACAACCAUUAUCUUCUCCACCUUUUGUACAGUAUGAUCUCAUUUUCAAACUGUAUAGUUUUACUUUAUUGUUUUGCUUUGUCAGUUAUAUACAGCAUAAAGUUGCUAUGCACAGAGCUUUUUGUAAAGACGGCUUUUUUGUUUACUGUUUUUAAUGGUCUUACUUAUGAAAGAAUAUCUUGUUUGUAAAAUGAAUAUGUCUA